AUGGGAUCUCUCUUUAGAAAUUACCGCGUGAUAAUAGGCGCUGUUGCGCUCGUGAUGCUGAUUCUGCUGAUCAGGACUUCCACGACUGCCUCUGGCGGCGCAUCCAGGCCUGUUUCGCCCUCUAUCAACAGGCCGGAAACUCCAACCGAUGUCAAUGUUGGUGGUGGUGGGAUUGUGUCCGCUCUUCCCAUUCAAGAUAAGCCCGGGUUUGUGAGUGAUUCGAAGACCGAUAACGGGAGAAAUCCAGACGUCGCUGCUGCUGUGAAGACGCAACUGAGCGACUGUAAGAAGGACCACCAGUACGUUGUGAUGAUUGAUGCUGGGUCCACUGGGUCGCGUGUUCACGUGUACGAGUUCGAUGUGUGCUCGCAACCCCCAGCUUUGAUCAAGGAAACCUUCGAGAUGUUGAAACCUGGGUUGUCGUCCUUCGAUACGGACACACAAGGUGCCGCGAAAUCUCUGGAUCCUCUGUUGAAGAUUGCGAUGGACACGGUCCCAGCGAAGGCAAGGUCAUGUACUCCCGUCGCUGUUAAGGCGACCGCUGGGCUAAGAAUGCUUGGUGAGGCAAAGAGUGACGCGAUCUUGCAGGCAGUGAGAAAAUCGUUGGAGAACAACUACCCAUUUGCCGUUGUCGAGGGUGAUGGUGUGUCGAUUAUGAGUGGUGAUCAGGAAGGUGUGUACGCCUGGAUCACUACUAAUUAUCUGCUGGGGAACAUUGGUAGUGGUUCGAAGUUGCCCACCUGUGCAGUGUUUGACUUGGGUGGUGGGUCUACGCAGAUUGUCUUCGAACCGACUUUCCCCAGUAAGGAAAGGUUAAUCGAUGGGGAACACAAGUACGAGCUGGAAUUCAACGGGGAGAACUACGACCUGUACCAGUUCUCGCAUCUAGGGUACGGGUUGAUGCAAGGCAGGAACAAGAUCAACUCUGUUCUUGUGCAGAAUGCUCUAGAACACGGGGCCAUCCAGAAGAACGAUUUGAAGAACGUCCACACUUUGUCCUCUCCCUGUCUGCCACCAAAUGUCACUACACCAACUGAGCACGUCAAAUUGACCGACGGGUCCAUAUACCAAGUUGUGUUCAAGGGGCCCAAGGUCCCCGCAGGUGCGCAAUGCAGGUUCCUAGCGGACAAAAUCUUGAACAAGGACACCAAGUGUCAACAGCCACCGUGCUCCUUUAACGGGGUUCACCAACCUUCUUUAGUGCGCGCGUUCAAGGAGUCGAACGACUUGUACAUCUUCUCGUACUUCUACGACAGGACGAGAUCGCUGGCGAUGCCACUGACUUUCACGCUGAACGAGUUGUACGACCUGUCCAAGAUGGUGUGCAACGGCGGGGAAGUGUGGGAGAGCGUGUUCAGCGGGUUUGAUGGCCCACUGGAAGAGUUGAAAAACGACCCCUACUUCUGCCAGGACUUGACCUUCGAGUUCUCGCUGCUGCACACGGGCUACGACAUCCCACUCAACAGGGAACUGAAGACCGCGCAGAAGAUCGCGGACAACGAGCUCGGCUGGUGCCUGGGCGCCUCGCUGCCCCUACUGGAGGGCAAGAACUGGAAGUGCAAACUGAACAAAGUCAACUGA